GAGGCCCCACCACCAAAUGUCAAAACAAGGAUUUGGACCCAAUGUCAAAUUGACUGACAGUUAGUACAACAUUAAACAAAAACAAAAUCAGGUUAUUAAUGUUUUUUUGAGGUACAAGUUUAUUUAUUCAGUCAUUUUCACAGCAGCACAACAGUCCAAUAUAAAAAGUCUCUUUAUCACUACUUGUGAUUUAUAUGGUCAUAAAAUGAAGGAGGAGGCUUUCAGAGAUGGAAAGAGGAGAUCUGUGGAGGAUGAGAAGUUAGAAAAGAUGGAAAACUCAAGAGUGGUGGGUAGAAGCCACCUAAAACUGGGGCUAAGUUCAGGAGCCUUUAAAAUCUGAAUAGUAAUCUCAUAAUUGUUUUAGUUUUCACGCUAACAUAGAGUGAAAAUGUAAAUACCUUAAAUGCUGGCACACUAACUGCUCCCCGGACUAAUGCAGGGGUCUUCAAGGAAGCAGGUCUUGCUGUGAGCACCAAAAAAUAGCAGACUGAGCCUGUGGUUAAUUACACAUUCAUGAAACUACAGUGAUGUGAUGCACCGAACACAGAAAAAGGAACAGGACAAAUACAGCAGCUCAGAUUAAGCAUGAUCACCAAGUGUAUUUGAAGAGGCGAAACUACAAACACCACAUGAAUAGCACGUUUCUCUCCUUUAAAGCAAUGAGUGAAUGCAUGCAUAACGAUAUGACACCUGCUACUUUGCCUUUUGAAGUUAACAGCACCUAAGAUGAAAUGGCUUUGAAACUGGUUUAAAGUGGGUUUCAGCCUGCAUGAGGAGGAGACCUGCACAGCCACAGGACUCUAUACUCAGUUAUGUAAAUAAAAGAGCUGCUUCCGUCCUCAGAGGCUAGCAAGAGGCUCACAGUGCCAUGUCGGGUUCAGCUUCCUCCCCUCCCCCUCGUCUGCAGUGCUGACGCAUCUGCUGCUUUUGCAUCAAUCAGCAGCCUCUAUAUAGGUAUACCCAGAGUCCCCGCUGAUAGCAGGACUCUCUUUUUUCCCCUCAGCCUUGCAUUUAGUUUGCAUGAUCACUGCAACUGUGAGAAAAAGCAUCGAUGAACAUCUGCCCUGUGACUGCUCUGAUACACAAUAGGACAGUAGUCACUGCCAUCUUCUCUCGGGUUCUGCAUUACCUAACCACAAUGACUGCGUAAGCGCGGACGAAGGGCUUUGGUGUAAUAUACUGCUGCACAGACAGAGACUGAGUGCAUAAGCAUGAAACAGAUGGUGUAGCGUUAUGCAUUCAAGGUGCAUGUUGUUUCUACGAGGGCUACAGAUUAUUUAGUUUCAUGCAAAAGACAUUUUUCCUUUUGGUCAACAAUAAACAUGCAUCAGGAUUUAGCUGGUGUGCUGGGGAGAUUUGAUACGGCAUUUGUUGUACAGCAGAGGAUCUCUCACUCUACGCUGCUAUCAGCAAUGCAGCUGAGCGUUUUCCCUGGCUGUAGCAUCGAGCACAGAGCUGAUGUGUGAUGUAGCACCCAGCAUCUCUCCGCUCUCCGCACAGCCCUCUGCCAUGCUUAAUAAAAGUUGCCGUUUCCUGCUCAGUGGCUACAGUACGAACGCUUCAGUUGCCCAGCUAACACAAAGGCAGACCCAUACUCCAGUUUAGCUACAUGCUGUAUAAACUGUGAGUUAUUCCUAUAGCUGUAGCAGGACAGAAGAGGGACAGUCAGAGGAGGGCAGGGUAGAUCUAGCCCAGGACCUGGGCUGCAUGGAUAGAGGCGAAGGACGUUGGAGCUGAAGUCAUCUGCACACAGAGAGGGAGGGAGAGGAAGAAAGACGUCAGAAAAAGCUCUGCUUCUGACAACACCACUGUUCAGCGACCAUCAUAGAAAAAAAACUACUUUCGCCUUGCUCUCACGAAACUGUUUUUGAUGUAUAGUUGCCUAUACCGAGUGCUAUAGAAGAGGGAUACUGCAUGACACUGUUUCCUGUUCGCCCAGCAUCAUUUUCUCUGAUUUACUAAGAUGACAGUGGUGUCCCCAUGCACUCAGAACCUGAUGGAUAGCGCUCACCCUCACACCGUGCUCAGCAAGCUCAACGAGCAGCGGUCACAAGGCCUCUUCUGUGAUGUUACCAUUGUGGUGGAGGAUGUUAAGUUUCGGGCCCACAAGAACAUCCUGGCAGCCUGCAGUGGGUACUUCAGGAACGCUCUGACAACUCCUGAGACAUGGAGCUCCAGCCAAGUGCUGGAGCUGAUGGACCUGAAGUCAGAGGUGUUCGCCAGUAUCCUCAACUUCAUCUACUGUUCAAAGGUGACUGGCGCAGAAGACACAGUGGGACUAGUCGCAGCUGGAAAAAGACUUGGAAUUCCUUUUUUAGAGAAGCUUGCAGAACAAGAGAAACAGGAUGAAUGUGUUAAAUCCACAGACUCCAGCGCAGCCCCAAUGUCUAAAAAAACAAAGAAGGAAGUGCUCAGGCCUGAGGAGAUAGACAGUGCCAGAGGGCCACGCAUCACCAACGCCUUCUCUAUCACUGAAGUGUGUCCUGGGAACAAUCCCUUCACCCCUCUGGCUGAAACCAGCGGAGAGAGGCAGUCACCAGAUGUGGGACCACUCCCAUCAAGUUGCCCUACAACGUCCUGCCUCAAUGGGAACAAUGAGACCACCCACGCCCUCUCAGAGCACUCAUAUGCAGUGAGCAAAUCCACUGAAGGCAAAGAUAGCAGUCAGUCAGACAACAAGAAGGUCUGUAAGCCAGCAAUAUCUCAGCCAAAGCAACUUAUUUACAGGAACACAGGCCCGCUUAAAAAGCGCCACAGGCUAAGAGGCAUUGUGGGUAGAACAAUGCUUCCAACACCAGCUGAACCACAAGCAGACAAACCAAAUACAAUAACCCCCACAUCAGCUGAUAGUGUAACUGCAGAACCUGUUGCACUCAUGACACCACCUCCACUUUUUUCAGAGGUAGAAACAGAAAAGAGUGUUGACCAAGGGCCACCAACAGCCACUGACAAUGUUCAAAUGGAGUUAGGUCCCCCUGCCCUUUCCCCUCACACAGAGGACAGUAUCUCAAUCUACGGAUGCGAGCACUGUCCAGAGAUAUUCACAAAUAAAGCUCUUCUCACCGUUCACUCAGAAGUACAUAAAAAGCGUUUUGUCAGUCAUUUGUUUUGCAAGUUUUGUCACAGAAAGUUCAUACACCUCAAACGGUUGCGCAACCAUGAGCAGGUUUGUCCUAAGGCUGGAAGAGAGCCGCCUAAACUAGAUGAUACUGGCACACCACCCAAAGAGACAGACCUCCAUUCAGAUGACGUGCCGAACACGGAGAGCAACAUGACACAGCUUCCUUCCGAUGACCUCUCCACUCCUUACUCCCCAGAGCCGCUUCAAGUGGACCAAUCAGAGCUUCCACAUGAUGAGAAAGCAGCGAGGCCAGGUGGCAGUCAGAGGAGAUACAACUGCAGUGUGUGUAAACGGGUCUAUGUCACCCUAUCAAGUCUGAAGCGGCAUGAGAAUGUACAUUCCUGGCAGAGGGCCUAUCCCUGUCAUUAUUGCAAUAAAGUGUUUGCAUUGGCGGAGUACCGUACAAAGCAUGAAAUCUGGCACACAGGUGAACGACGCUAUCAAUGCAUUUUCUGCCUGGAGACAUUCAUGACAUACUAUAUCUUAAAGAACCAUCAGAAGUCCUUUCACGGCAUCGAUCCCAAUCUAGCUGUAAAGAAAAAAUCUGCCAAUGGUGGGCUGAAAGCCAGCGUUUACCCAAUCAAGCUCUACAGGCUUCUGCCCAUGAAGUUUAGAAAGAGACAGUACAAAACGUACAGUCAGACAUAUUCAGAGAGUGUUGAGAGAGGUGACCAAGCUCCUCUAGACAGCAACUCUCUUAUCCCUCCAUUUGAAGAAAACGGUCUGAUCAGCCACUCUGAUACCAUGUCAUUCCCUCUGACAUUCAUGGCAACAACAAAGACCGUGGCCCCUGUCAUGCCUCGCAUCAGCAUUGACAAGCCAUGUGACCAAGAUGUUGACCAAAAUCUGAACAGUGAAUUGGAAAUUCAGAGACGCACAAGAAAAGAGGCUGAGAAUAGUGAUUCCCCCCUCAUUAACUACAACAGCACCUUCUCUUUGCAACCCAGUUCAGGGGGUUACAAAGACGAUCCUCCAGUGCUUAUGAACUCAGAGUACAUCAGUAACAAUGUGCCAUUCUUAAACUCUUUGAAAACUGUCAAAAAGUUAGGUGAGCUUUCAGCCUCUGCAAAAAGAGUUGAGGACAUGACCAAGGAGAUACUCCAAUCAAGCACAGAUAAUCUAGUGCGUGAUAAAACAGUGGGGGCAAAGACGGAAACGUAUAUCGCCAAACCUGCAUGCCCGGGUCCAUCUGUGGAUGGUGAUGCCAUGCCACUCUGUCAGAUAACAGUGAAAAUAGGCAAUGAAGCCAUCAUCCGCCGCCGAAUCAAAGGAUCUAAGCUCUUCCCCAGAAAGAAAAGGAGAGUCAGAGAGCUAAGUGAGGAGGAAAGCCCAGCUCAAUGCCCUCCAAUGAGGGAAAGCUCAGAGAGCCCCAGGCUCCGCCUCAGACCAGAAGUCACUGCCACCACAGAGCCUGAGACGUAUGAUGAUCCCAAUGACUGUGACACAGCUGACAUGCUCUGGCGUCCCUACUAUUCCUAUAAAGCUAAAAAGAAGAGGAAGAGGCUGAGGAUGAAGCACAGAAAUGCUUUGUUUCACCGUUAUGCUGAGACAUCUGCAGAUAAAACAGCUGCCACUGAGGCCCACCUUGACAGAAAUAGUUGGCUGACAGAAGAGAACGUCUCAGGUGGUAGUGCAGAGGUGAAACGUAGUCUGAGCAGGAACUGCAGCCCAAGGGCCAACUACAACUGUGACAUCUGUGACAGCUCUUUUAUCACAGAGACCGGUCUGAGGGCUCAUGUUAUUGGUUCACAUCCAUGUUUCUGCCGGACCUGUGGUAAACAAGGUCCCCCUGGUGAGGCACCGGCUGGUGGUGAUUACAUCUGCAACAGCUGUAUGGAAAAUGGCUCCUGCUUUGACAAUACACCCCGGAGCCCCAACCCGGAGAAGAAGUAUCGCUGCUCAUUUUGUCCCCAGCGUUUCCUCUACCUUGCCACUAAGAGAAGCCAUGAGAAAAAACACCAAGAGACAAAUGAGGAGGGGUACAAUUAUGACAACUUUGCACCAUGUUCUAAAUACCUAAGUGAAGCCAAUAAACAAGACACCAUCAAAACAGAAGACAGUGACAAUCAAGGCAGCAUCGACAUUAAAAGUGAAACAGGGGAAGGAGGACAUUUUUCCAUUGAUAAAAUUAAACCUAAAAUCGAGGACACAACUGACUUUAUGUCUUUGUCAGCAUACCAGGACAUGUCAUAUUCCAACAUUAAAAGUCCAUUAUCACCCUGCAUUGACCCACUGUUCUCCCUGACAUCCCCAAAGGUAAAACACAAAACAGUGAAAAAAAGGAUCAGUGCACUGCAUUCUAUGCAUCUCAUCUCAAAAAAGCAAGCCCGUGACAGAGGCAGCGAUAGCAACAAGGAUAUUUUGAUGAGGCCAAAAACAAACAGUGAUCGUGAGAAGUCCGGUAAACUGUUUAGGAAAAAUGACUCUGAGACUAAAGGGGCUCACAUUUCUAUACACAAGCCAGAGAAAUGGGUCUGCAAAGAGGAGCCAUUUUUUUAGAGAUUGUUGAGAACCGUGACCAAGUAUAGGCAAAAGAGAAAGUGGAUGAAAUUUGACUUUGAGCCACUGCCGUGGUUAGGAAAUGAUAAGAUUUGUAAUGUUGCAUUCACAGCUGAGCUCAAUAAAAUGUUUCAAAUGGACAUUAACAAACACGAGGAUCUAAUAUCAGUGUGGGCUGUAACUUUUUCCCUCCAAAACUCACCUUUGUAGAGGAUAUUAUUUGGUUAAUAGAGGAUCUUCUGACACAGACUGUACUUUGUCCAUUGUCUAUGCAUAUAAGGCAGACUCAGUGAAGCCUGAUGAUGACUGUAACCUCAGAGAAAGAAAUGAAUGUUGGCAACAUUUCUGCAAAAGUUGUGCAAUUUCAGAACAGGGGUGAGACGUGACGGACAAUUGAAAAGCUGCCUAGUGUGGUGACAUCUUCACUUUUUAAAAUAAAUCUGAGGAAAACAAUAUAAAUUUUACAACUGUCACAUUUCUGAAUCUCCCGUUCAGUUAACUGGGCAUGGCGAGUUGCACUUUAUAGUUUGACUAUGCUAAUCUGUUGGUUAAAAUACUUUGAUAAUUCAAUUUCAAUUCUAAGCACCAUUGAUAUACAUCUAAUUUCUAAUUAACACAUGGCACCACUGAGUUACUACUUUUGUGUGUUUAAUAUGUAUAAAAACAUGUAAAACUAUUUAAAUAAAUGUUGUUGAUAUUCUAAA